AUGGCGGGGCCGGCGGCCGUGCGGCGGCGGGGCCCGGGCCCCGGCCCCGGCGCGGUGCUGCUGCUCCCGGCGCUCUUGGUGAGCUGGGCGGCGUGCCAGGCGCCGCCGGUGCCCGCCGCCGAGUUCCCCGGGGACGGCACCGAGCUCAGCAUCGAGCAGCUCUUCGUGCCCGAGAGCUGCCCGCGGGCCGUGCGGCCCGGGGACUUCGUGCGGUACCACUACCUCGGCGCCUUCCCCGACGGCACCCGCUUCGACUCCAGCUAUGACAGGGGAUCCACGUUCAACGUGUUUGUGGGAAAAGGGCAGCUGAUUGCUGGGAUGGACAAGGCCCUGGUCGGGAUGUGCGUGAACGAGCGGCGCUUCGUCAGGAUUCCCCCCAAGCUCGCCUAUGGCACCGAGGGCGUCUCUGGUGUGAUACCUCCAAAUGCUGUGCUCCAUUUCGAUGUGCUUCUGAUUGAUCUCUGGAACUCAGAGGACCAGGUGCAGGUUCAGACUUACUUCAGACCUGAGAAAUGCCCUCGGACAGUCCAGGUGUCUGACUUUGUCCGGUACCAUUACAACGGGACCUUCCUAGAUGGGACCCUCUUUGAUUCAAGCCAUAACCGGAUGCGAACUUACGAUACCUAUGUGGGAAUUGGAUGGCUGAUUCCUGGUAUGGACCAGGGUCUCCUGGGAAUGUGUGUAGGAGAGAAGCGCAUCAUCACAAUUCCACCUUUCCUGGCGUAUGGAGAAGAAGGAGAUGGUAAGGAUAUCCCUGGCCAAGCUUCCCUGGUCUUUGAUGUGGCUUUGCUAGACCUCCAUAACCCCAAAGAUGGGAUUGCAAUUGAGAACCAGCACGUGCCUGAAUCUUGUGAGCGGAGAAGCCAGGCGGGAGACUUUGUCCGCUACCAUUACAACGGCACGCUGCUGGAUGGCACUCUCUUUGAUUCCAGCUACUCACGGAACCGGACCUAUGACACCUAUGUGGGCAAAGGUUAUGUCAUUGCUGGAAUGGAUGAAGGCCUGCUAGGUGUAUGCACUGGGGAGAAAAGAAGGAUAAUAAUUCCCCCUCAUCUUGGAUAUGGAGAAGAAGGAAGAGGGAAGAUUCCAGGAUCUGCAGUGCUGGUCUUUGACAUCCAUGUGGUUGACUUCCACAACCCCUCAGAUUCAGUCAGCAUUACUGUUAACUACAAACCUUCCAACUGCACUGUGCUGAGUAAGAAGGGAGAUUACCUGAAGUACCACUACAACGCCUCGCUCCUGGAUGGUACCUUGCUGGACUCGACACACAGCCUUGGCAAGACCUACAACAUUGUGCUGGGAUUUGGGCAGGUGGUGGUGGGGAUGGACAUGGGCCUUCAAGACAUGUGUGUGGGGGAACGCCGGACAGUUGUUAUUCCACCUCACCUUGGUUAUGGAGAAGAUGGAGUUGAAGGAGAAGUGCCUGGCAGCGCUGUGUUAGUUUUCGACAUUGAACUGCUGGAGCUGGUGUCUGGCUUGCCUGAAGGGUACAUGUUUGUGUGGAAUGGGGAGGUCUCUCCCAAUCUCUUUGAAGAAAUAGACCAGAAUCAUGAUGGAGAGGUUCUUCUGGAGGAGUUUUCAGAGUACAUUCAAGCUCAAGUUGAUUCUGGCAAAGGAAAACUAGCUCCUGGGUUUGAUUUUGAAAAGAUUGUCAAAAAUAUGUUCACCAAUCAAGACCGAGAUGGAAAUGGUAAAGUUACUGCUGAAGAAUUCAAGCUGAAGGACCAGGAGGCCAAAGAGGAACACGAUGAACUGUAAAGAUAAGAGCAGAAUCCUGAGCUGACCUACUGUCUGAAGGCGUGUAUUGAAAGGGGUUUGGCAAGCAUGUUUCUGAGAG